CUUUUAUGGUCAAACAGCCCGGGCAGGGCGAGGCUUUGCCUUUUCUCCCCCAGUUGUUGGGGCUCCGGCGGCGGCGGCGACUCCUCUCGCCCCUCCCCGCCCGAACUUCCUCAACACCCCUCUUGGCAGCUCCGGAAAGUUGCGCGCCGGCCAGAAGAGGCAGAAGGAGAGAGAGAGAAAGAAAGAAAGGAGGAGAGCCUCCCGGCCGCGGGGAGGAGGAGUCGCACCAGGCUGCGAGCCGCACGCCGCCUCCGCGCAGAGAGAGCGAGCCAGCCAGCCAGCCAGCCGGCGAGGAGGGAGAGGUCGCCGGGGCCGUCAUACCCCUUGCUCAGUCCGGUUCCCCGGGGUCGAAGAGCGGCCGCCCUCUCGUUCCCUUUCGAAGCGGGCGCCUCCGGGACCCAAGGCCCUGAAUCGCCUCACAGCAAGAUGGCCUCUUCGGGAGCCCCAGGAACCCGUAUGACCUCCACUGUCAGCAUCAACAUCUCCACUCCAAGCUUCUACAGCCCCCAGAAGAAAUUUGCACCGGUUGUUGCUCCCAAGCCCAAAGUAAACCCCUUCAAGGCAGGUGGAACCACUCCUGAAAAUGCUGCCGAGCAGACACUGCCUCCCCCUCCUCCUCCCCCUCCUGGGGCAUGUGCCCAGAUAGGGAAGGUGGGAGAGAUCCCAAUAGCUUCAGGACUCCCCCUUGAAGAGCUUCCCCUGCCACCCCCACCCCCUCCAGGAGAAGAGCUGAUGGUUUCCUCCAACAGUGCAUUCCCUCCACCACCUCCCCCAUUUGAGGAACCAUUUCCCCCAGCGCCAGGAGAUGUCUUCCCUUCCCCUCCUCCUCCCAUGCUGGAGGAAGAGGAACCUCUUGCUCUGAGUGGAUUGCCUGCUCCCCAGGGGCAGGGCCGUGGAAAGAUGAGCAGCAUUGAUUUGGAGAUUGAUUCUUUGUCUUCAAUGCUGGAUGACAUGGAGAAGAAUGAUCCCUUCAAAUCCCGGAUACCUCCCGGAUCUGUGGCUUCUAAAGGCUCCCCAGAAAUUAUGGCACCACCCGCAGAUGUUUCCACUCCUGCGUCUUUUCCCUCCAGUGCUGUCCCCAAUCCCAGUGGAAGCUAUGUACCUAAACCACAAGGGGAAACGACUCCUGUUCCUCCGCCAUGGAUGGCCUUGAAGCAUCACAGAGACUUGCCAUCAGCACAGCAACCAGUGACACCUCCUGCCCCUCCGCCUCCAGCCGUAUCAGCCCCUAAAUACACCCCUUCUCCCACUGCCGCCGGCCCCAAGUUUGUACCCAAACCAGCUGCUGCUGGAGCUCCUUCAAGCUUUUCAAGACAGGCUGCCCCUGCACAGUCUCGCUUCCCAACUCCAGGUCCGGCUGGGAAGCCGCAGCCUCCCACCUUCACCUAUGCACAGCAACGGGAAAAGCCCCAGGUUCAGGAGAAGCCACAUCCUGCUGCACAGCCACCUGCCCCACGAGACAUGCGCAAUCCUUUAUCCCUUGCAAAUGCCGGACCAGAUCCUCCCAGGGGCACGUCUGCUCUGACCAUGAAGGAGGUCGAAGAGCUGGAGUUGCUCACCCAGAAGCUCAUGAAGGAUAUGGAUCACCCACCCCACGCGGAAGCAUCUACUUCGGAGUUUUGUGGCCUGUGCAACAGGGCCCUGUCCCGGACGCAGCCGGCUGUCCGUGCCCUGGACAAGCUGUUCCAUGUGGAGUGUUUCACCUGUUUCAAGUGUGAGAAGCAACUGCAGGGGCAGCAGUUUUACAAUGUGGAUGAAAAGCCCUUCUGUGAGGAAUGCUAUGCUGGCACCCUAGAGAAGUGCUGUGUGUGUAAGCAGACAAUCACAGACAGGAUGCUGCGGGCUACAGGCAAUUCCUACCACCCCCAGUGUUUCACUUGCGUGGUGUGUCAUAAACCCCUUGAGGGGGCGUCGUUCAUUGUGGACAAGGCCAACCAGCCACACUGUGUGGAUGAUUAUCAUAGAAAAUACGCCCCUCGCUGUUCGGUAUGCGCUGAGCCCAUCAUGCCAGAACCUGGGAAGGACGAGACUGUCCGUGUGGUGGCCCUGGAAAAGAAUUUCCACAUGAAAUGCUACAAAUGUGAGGAUUGUGGGAAAUCCCUCUCCAUUGAAGCAGAUGACAAUGGCUGUUUCCCUCUGGAUGGCCAUGUGCUGUGUAGGAAGUGUCACACCACACGUGUCAAAGCUGCUGUCUGAGAAGGACCUUCGUCCAGCAUAUUCUGUCAGUGUACCCCCCCACACCCACUUCCUGCCCCGCAUGAAGAAAGCCAUGAGACUGAUGUUCUCUGUGUUCUUCUUGUGAUGACCCCUCCACCCCACCUCCCUCUUCUCAAAAUCAUAGUGCAUUUCUACCUACAACAUGUUAUGUCUGGCAAUAUAUUUUCUUUCCUACCCAAGGGUCUCCCUUUCCUUUUUGUUAUACUCCCCCUUUCUUAAAACAGGGUCUUCCUGAACUCCUUACUUACUCUGGCCGCUGUAUAUUAUUCUACAGACUGCAGGAAAGUGACUUGUUUUGCUAUAACUUCUACAGUUGUCUGUCUUACUAAUAAAGUAAUCCUGGAAGGGAAAAAAACCCA